AACCAAUGACGAAGGCCUAUACUGCACGGUUACCUGCUAGGCAGAUGGCACCUGCGCACCUGUGGUACGUCGUGGGAACGUAAGCUACGACAGGGAGGAGGCGCCUUGUGUUGAAUCAUUGAGCAGGCUUCACUGAUCAGAAAGAAAAAUGGUGUCCCAGUUGGAAAAAUCAAUGGAGGGCCUCAUCAAAGUAUUCCAUAACUACUCUUCAAAAGAAGGGGACAAGUACAAGUUGAGCAAAGUCGAACUGAAGAAUCUGUUACAGGGAGAACUCAGUGACUUUCUGGCGGCCAGUAAAGACCCAAUGGUCGUGGAAAAAAUUAUGUCUGACCUGGAUGAAAAUCGCGAUGGGGAAGUUGACUUUCAAGAAUUUGUUGUCCUGGUUGCAGCACUAACUGUUGCUUGCAAUGAAUUCUUUGUGGAGAGUAUGAAGAACUAGGUUUAGGUUUUUUGGCAUGUUUCCUAACUUGUCCUUCACAUAACGUGAAGGCAAGCAGGUACAUCUUUGGGAAUAAUUUUAAUAUGAUCAAUAUGUUUGUUACAGUCCUUUGAAAAAUGAUGUUGCUGACACCACAUUCCAUUGACAUGUGCUGGACAAUCAAUGUUAAUAAUUUAAAUGUAUUCAAAGCUUAAUGGGAAGUGUAUUUGUUAUUGUACAUCUGACUAACAGCUUUGUGGUAAGUUGCAGUAAAUGAUAUCUUUCCUCUCAA